AACGGAAUCUUGGCUCUUCGGUCCCAUUCCGUGUUGCUUCUUCACCCCUUUUUUUUUUUUUUUCUUUUAACCAAAAUCUCUCAGCAUAGUUCUCCAACAUUCUUCGCAAUAUUCCACAAUUUAUCACCGCUGCCAUGAGCACGACCGUCCAGGCCGCGCACUGAAUGAUAUUUGGAGAGGUUAAGUGAGGGGGGAAAAAGGAGGUUUUAAAAAAAGAAAGGAGUGGGACCGCCGCCACCUCGUCUCGCCAAGGCCCGAUGUCGGCGCGAAGUCCAAGCAUGAGCGUGUUCCCUCCCGUUCGCAAGGACCGCAUCAUCCCGCAGCUGCCUCACUGUUUCUGCAAGGACGCCGCGCUCCACGUCGAACGUGACUUCGACCCCAAAGUGAAGGCGGCGUGCCAGGAGCAGCGCACCGGCACGGUCGGCUUUAAAAUCUCCAAGGUGAUCGUGGUGGGCGACUUGGCCGUGGGCAAAACCUGCCUGAUUAACAGGUUUUGCAAGGACGCGUUUGACAAGAACUACAAGGCCACCAUCGGCGUGGACUUCGAGAUGGAGCGCUUCGAGGUGCUCGGUGUUCCUUUUAGCCUUCAGCUGUGGGAUACGGCGGGUCAGGAGAGGUUCAAGUGCAUCGCGUCCACGUACUACAGAGGAGCUCAGGUGGUGAUUAUCGUGUUUGACGUCACCGACGUGAAGUCGUUGGAACACAGCAGGCAGUGGCUCGAAGACGCCUUGCGCGAGAACGACCCCACGGCGGUGCAGCUGUUCCUGGUCGGCACCAAGAAAGACAUGAGCUCGCCCGCUCAGUACUCGCUGAUUGAACAAGACGCCCUCCAGGUGGCGCAGGAGAUGCGGGCGGAGUAUUGGACGCUGUCGUCGCUCACAGGCGAGAACGUGAAGGAGUUUUUCUUCCGGGUGGCGUCGCUGGCAUUCGAAACCAACGUCCUCGCCGAGCUAGAGAAGAGCGGAACGAGGCAAAUAGGCAACAUAGUCAAAAUCCAGAGCAACAGCAGCAACCUGUACGCCACAUCCAAGAAGAAGAAGCAGCCGGCCUGCUGUCAGUGACGCCGCGUUGGGAGGCCAGAAGGUACGAAAGGGGGGGGGGGGGGGGGGGGGGAGACGCUGCUGUGGUGGACGCAAGACAGGCACGCUCACACGAAGAGCGCGUUUCUUCACGCCGUUCACGUGUACAUUGGGAGUUUUAAUAUAACUAAAUUGCAUUUUCAGCCUGUCGAGUGCUGCAUUAGCCAAUCGCAAGCCUGAAAAAGCAACAAGAACUGCCUUGACCCGAUACAGGCAGUCCGUUUAGAAAUCUGUCGUUCACUUGCUCUGCUCCAAAUUGGGACACGAUUUCCAUAUUUUGAUUGAUCGAAUGCAGCACACAAACCGAGUGACACUGUCCUCUUCUCUUAUUGGUCACAACAAAGUAAACAGGAAAAAGUUUAGCCUGACUUGUUUGCCAAACGUGAAAAAAUGUGGCAAUUCUUGGAAGAGUACAAAAUGUUUUUCUUGAUGGUUUCAAUCUUUUUUUUCUCUAGAAAAUUUAGAAAAAUGCAACCCAAAAAAAAACAAAUAUUUACUGCACCCGUGUGCAACUUUGUUCCUUGAAAAAAUACAUUUGGAAUAUUUACUUUCUUUCUCUAUAUAAAAAAUAUCUCCUAUAAAAACUGAGUUUACACUUGUAAAAUUACUUUAUUCUCAAACUAAACCAUUUUGCUCUUUAGUAUAUUCCUUUUUUUUUUUUUUUUAUGACUAUUCUCCCUUCCCUUAUUUUUGUAAUUCUCAUUUUCCAUUUUAUGUUCCCCUUGACCAGUAAGAGGCGUGAUGUCUUUUGGUUUGUUGUGAUGCAUUCAGGUUCCCUUGGAUUUUUUUUUUUUUUUUUUUUUUUUUACCCGCUAAUCAAACCAGCGCAAAUAAUAUCAAUAACGGGUGGCUCACGUACGUCGAGCAUGCCGGCAAACAUUUUCCGCUGUUACGCAAAGUAUUGCAACAACAAUUAAGUUUGUUUUCCCCGAUUGUUCCUUUUGGGUGGCGUCGAUCGCCGUUUACAUGUGAACAGAAUGCGUAAAAAAGGGGACUUUGUGAAAUAUGUAUAGUGCUUGCCUUUUUAUGAGAGAGGCUCACAACUGCCGCCCGAUGCCAAAGACUCACCGGCACCCUUGCGAACAUCGCUGACGUGGAAAUUCUGACAGAAUUCAUGAGGGACUGGCUCUUUAACUAGUAUCGCAUAUUAAAAGUAAAGCAACUAUAUACCUGCUUUUUUUUUUUUUUAUUAUUAUUAUUAUUAUGUAUGACCUCACUAAAUGCUGUCAAUGACAUAUACAUAACACUGUCAAAGUAAGUGGAUGCAAACUCUGAGUAACUUCAACCUGCUGUGCUCUCUUUUUUUUGCUGCCAA